GAUGAGUGACGACAUUCUGGCUCGCGACCGCGGCAGCCGCAUUAGCAGGGGUAAUAGGCGCAACGGCGGCGGAGGCUGCAGGGACGACGACGACGGCGGGGCGGGCGCUGUGCGCACAGGGGAGGGGUAGGCGGGCGUCGCCAGCGGCUUCAACUGCGGCAGCUACGGCUAGGGCGACGGAAGAACUCCCACCAGGUCGGCGGUCGAGUUAGGCCUCAGCACCGCCGGGAGCUGUUCGUGCUGUCCUCUGCGGGAGAUCUCCAUAGAGACCGUGACAUACACAGAGGCGGGGGUCCGCAGAGGCGGCCGGACCGGAGCCUCCUCGGCCUCUGCGGCCGCCACCCCCUUCCCCGCUGCCAGCACUCACCCUCUCUCCGCUCCUGCUCGCAACCUCGCGGUUCCUGGGGUGCUUGUGCCCACUGUGUGGACAGCGCGGGCGGACUUUUGGGCCGGGGCCGGGCGGCGGGGGGGGCUCUCUAAGGCCUCCGCCUCUGCCUCUCCCGCCCCCUUACCCGCCCCGGAGCGGGAAGCGGCGGAGGCUCCGCCAUGGCCUCAGGAGCCGGAGGAGUCGGAGGGGGCGGUGGCGGCAAGAUCCGGACGCGGCGUUGCCACCAGGGGCCAAUUAAGCCUUACCAGCAGGGGCGACAACAGCAUCAGGGCAUUCUUAGCAGGGUUACAGAAUCUGUUAAGAAUAUUGUGCCAGGGUGGCUACAAAGAUACUUCAACAAGAAUGAAGAUGUAUGCAGCUGUUCAACAGACACAAGCGAGGUUCCACGCUGGCCAGAAAAUAAAGAGGACCAUCUGAUAUAUGCCGAUGAGGAGAGCUCUAAUAUUACUGAUGGGAGAAUCACACCUGAGCCAGCAGUCAGUAAUACAGAAGAACCUUCAACAACUAGUACUGCUUCAAAUUAUCCAGAUGUGUUAACAAGGCCUUCUCUUCAUCGGAGCCAUCUGAAUUUUUCCAUGUUGGAAUCCCCUGCAUUACACUGUCAGCCAUCUACAUCCUCGGCAUUCCCAAUUGGCAGUUCGGGAUUUUCCCUGGUAAAGGAAAUUAAAGAUUCUACCUCUCAGCAUGAUGAUGAUAACAUCUCAACUACCAGUGGUUUUUCUUCAAGAGCUUCUGAUAAAGAUAUAACUGUUUCAAAGAACACUUCAUUGCCACCUCUGUGGUCCCCAGAAGCUGAACGUUCUCACUCACUCUCACAGCACACUGCCACCAGCUCAAAAAAACCAGCAUUCAACUUGUCUGCCUUUGGAACACUUUCCCCUUCACUUGGGAAUUCUUCAAUCCUUAAAACCAGUCAGCUUGGAGAUUCUCCUUUUUAUCCUGGAAAAACAACAUACGGUGGGGCAGCAGCUGCUGUAAGACAGUCUAAACUACGAAAUACACCUUAUCAGGCACCAGUUAGAAGACAAAUGAAAGCUAAGCAACUCAGUGCCCAAUCUUACGGUGUGACCAGUUCAACAGCUCGGCGAAUAUUGCAGUCUUUAGAGAAGAUGUCAAGCCCUUUAGCGGAUGCAAAAAGAAUUCCAUCCAUUGUUUCUUCUCCUCUGAAUUCUCCUCUUGAUAGGAGUGGGAUAGAUAUCACAGAUUUUCAGGCCAAAAGACAAAAGGUGGAUUCUCAAUAUCCUCCUGUUCAGAGACUUAUGACCCCAAAGCCAGUUUCCAUAGCAACAAAUCGAAGUGUUUAUUUUAAACCAUCUCUGACUCCUUCUGGUGAAUUCAGGAAGACCAAUCAAAGAAUAGAUAAAAAGUGCAGUACUGGAUAUGAAAAAAAUAUGACACCCGGACAAAAUAGAGAACAACGAGAAAGUGGCUUUUCAUAUCCAAAUUUCAGUUUGCCUGCAGCCAAUGGUUUAUCUUCUGGAGUAGGUGGUGGAGGUGGCAAGAUGAGACGAGAAAGAACACGCUUUGUUGCUUCUAAACCUCUGGAGGAGGAGAGACAAGGUCUCACCGUAUUGCCCAAGCUGAUCUCGAGCUCCUGCGCUCAAGCGAUCAUCCCAUCUUGGCCUCUCAAAGUGCUGAGAUUACAGGAAAUGGAAGUUCCAGUAUUACCGAAAAUCUCUCUACCGAUCACCAGUUCUUCACUGCCUACCUUUAAUUUUAGUUCCCCUGAGAUCACAACUUCCUCUCCAUCACCCAUCAAUUCGUCUCAAUCAUUAACAAACAAGGUACAAAUGACCUCUCCGAGCAGCACUGGCAGUCCCAUGUUUAAAUUUUCAUCUCCAAUCGUAAAAUCUACUGAGGCAAAUGUACUACCUCCAUCAUCUAUUGGAUUUACAUUUAGUGUGCCUGUUGCAAAAACAGCAGAACUUUCUGGUUCUAGUAGUACUUUAGAACCAAUUAUAAGUAGUUCAGCUCAUCAUGUUACUGCAGUGAACAGUACAAAUUGUAAGAAGACACCACCUGAAGAUUGUGAGGGUCCUUUUAGACCUGCAGAAAUCCUGAAAGAAGGAAGCGUUCUAGAUAUUCUGAAAAGCCCUGGUUUCGCAUCACCGAAGAUAGAUUCUGUUGCUGCUCAGCCCACCGCAACAAGCCCAGUAGUUUAUACAAGACCAGCAAUAAGUAGCUUUUCUUCUAGUGGAAUUGGGUUUGGGGAGAGUUUAAAAGCUGGGUCAUCAUGGCAGUGUGAUACAUGUCUACUCCAGAACAAAGUUACAGACAACAAAUGCAUAGCCUGUCAAGCAGCAAAAUUGUCACCCAGAGAUACUGCUAAACAGACUGGAAUUGAAACACCAAAUAAAAGUGGCAAAACAACUCUUUCUGCAUCAGGGACAGGCUUUGGAGACAAAUUUAAACCAGUGAUAGGCACUUGGGAUUGUGAUACCUGUUUAGUGCAAAAUAAACCUGAAGCAAUAAAAUGUGUAGCCUGUGAAACACCGAAACCUGGAACUUGUGUGAAGCGAGCCCUUACAUUGACAGUGGUUUCGGAAAGUGCUGAGACUAUGACUGCUUCAUCUUCCAGCUGCACUGUAACCACUGGUACCUUAGGAUUUGGAGAUAAAUUCAAAAGGCCCAUUGGAUCUUGGGAGUGUUCAGUAUGCUGUGUUUCUAAUAAUGCAGAAGACAAUAAGUGUGUGUCCUGUAUGUCUGAGAAACCAGGAAGUUCAGUACCUACUUCAAGUAGCAGCACUGUACCUGUCUCUCUGCCUUCUGGAGGCUCUCUAGGAUUGGAAAAGUUCAAGAAACCCGAGGGAAGCUGGGACUGUGAAUUGUGCCUAGUGCAGAAUAAGGCAGACUCUACCAAAUGUUUGGCAUGUGAAAGUGCAAAGCCAGGCACAAAAUCUGGGUUUAAAGGCUUUGACACAUCUUCCUCAUCUUCGAACUCAGCAGCCUCCUCAUCCUUCAAAUUUGGUGUCUCAUCAUCCUCUUCUGGGCCUUCUCAGACUUUAACAAGUACUGGAAAUUUUAAAUUUGGAGAUCAGGGAGGAUUCAAAAUAGGUGUGUCAUCUGAUUCUGGGUCUAUAAACCCCAUGAGUGAAGGCUUUAAAUUUUCUAAACCAAUAGGAGAUUUUAAAUUUGGAGUUUCAUCUGAAUCUAAGCCCGAAGAAGUUAAAAAAGAUAGUAAGAAUGAUAAUUUUAAGUUUGGACUUUCUUCUGGUUUAAGCAACCCAGUUUCUUUAACUCCAUUUCAAUUUGGGGUAUCUAAUCUUGGACAGGAAGAAAAGAAAGAGGAACUGCCCAAAUCUUCCUCUGCAGGUUUUAGCUUUGGUACAGGUGUUAUUAACUCCACCCCUGCUCCUGCUAACACCAUAGUGACCUCUGAGAACAAGAGCAGCUUCAACUUUGGAACCACAGAAACCAAGAGUGCUUCAGUGGCUCCUUUCACAUGUAAGACAUCAGAAGCUAAAAAAGAAGAAAUGCCUGCCACCAAAGGAGGAUUCUCUUUUGGCAACGUGGAGCCUGCCUCUCUGCCAUCUGCCUCAGUGUUUGUUUUGGGAAGGACAGAAGAGAAACAGCAAGAGCCUGUCACUUCUACUUCUCUAGUUUUUGGGAAGAAAGCUGACAAUGAAGAGCCAAAGUGUCAACCAGUGUUUUCCUUUGGGAAUUCAGAGCAAACCAAAGAUGAGAAUUCUUCAAAGUCCACAUUUAGUUUUAGUAUGACAAAACCAUCUGAGAAGGAAUCUGAACAGCCAGCAAAAGCCACUUUUGCCUUUGGAGCUCAAACUAGUACUACAGCUGAUCAAGGUGCAGCAAAGCCAGCUUUUAGUUUCUUGAACAACAGUUCCUCUAGUUCAAGUACACCAGCCACUUCUGCUGGUGGUGGCAUAUUUGGUAGUUCCACCUCUUCCUCCAAUCCACCUGUGGCUACCUUUGUGUUUGGACAGUCCAGCAAUCCUGUGAGCAGCUCUGCCUUUGGUAACACUGCUGAAUCCAGCACCUCUCAGUCUUUGCUGUUUUCUCAAGAUAGCAAACUAGCAACCACAUCCAGCACAGGUACAGCUGUCACCCCAUUUGUCUUUGGUCCAGGAGCCAGCAGUAAUAAUACUACCACCUCUGGUUUCGGCUUUGGAGCCACAACCACAUCUAGCUCUGCAGGAUCCUCCUUUGUAUUUGGAACUGGACCCUCAGCACCAUCUGCCAGUCCAGCAUUUGGUGCUAACCAGACCCCAACAUUUGGACAAAGUCAAGGUGCCAGCCAGCCCAAUCCCCCAGGCUUUGGAUCUAUAUCAUCUUCCACAGCAUUAUUUCCCACUGGUUCUCAGCCUGCACCACCUACUUUUGGGACAGUGUCAAGCAGUAGCCAGCCCCCUGUGUUUGGACAGCAACCUAGUCAGUCUGCAUUUGGCUCUGGAACAACUCCUAAUUCUAGUUCGGUUUUCCAGUUUGGCAGCAGCACUACAAAUUUCAACUUCACAAACAACAAUCCAUCAGGAGUGUUCACAUUUGGUGCAAAUUCUAGCACACCUGCAGCCUCAGCCCAGCCUUCAGGCUCGGGGGCCUUUCCAUUUAACCAGUCUCCAGCAGCAUUUACAGUGGGGUCAAAUGGGAAAAAUGUGUUCUCUUCUUCUGGAACUUCAUUCUCUGGUCGCAAGAUAAAGACUGCUGUUAGACGCAGGAAAUAAAGGUCACAUUGGUGUUGUACUCAAUUUUAACAACAGCUGGUGCCCUGCUUUCAGAUACUGGAUUGUACUUUGUGCUGGGGUUAUCUGAAGUCAGAUCUGCCUAAGGACUUCUUUAAUUUUGGAAUUUUCCUCCUUUCUCUUUCGUUACAGAAGCCCCACCCUGCCUCACCCACCCUUUUUUAAAUAAAUAAAUAGCUAGACUGGUGACUGAUUCUUCAGCAAAAAUAUUUUAUGAUCCAGCAGAUUAUUCACUGAUUUGACAUAGUCUGGCUGUACCCAGGAAUGGAGCCUGCACGGUGAAUGGCUUUGUAUAGAACCUCUUUGUCUACACCAUUAUGUGCGCUGAUAAGCGUUUAUGGAACGCGUUGAAAUUGUAAUUAUAUCUGAGGAAUUCUGUAUAGAUUAGAAUUCUGUAUAGAUUAGAGAGUGUUGAAACGGAUGAUUUCUAUGCUGAGUUUGUGCUGGUGUAUGUGUGAAGUGAGUGAGUUGGGUGUAUUGUGCACUAAACUUUUCUGAUAGAGGAAGCCUGAUUAAAGAAUGGUCCGUGCUAAGGACUUGUUAGAUCUAGUUCACUCUCCAUUUAAUAAUUAUAUGCUAUUUCUAUAUUUUCAUUCUCCUAUCACCUGUCUUGCCUUUUUCAUUAUUUUAUUAUGAAACUUGUGUAAAUACAAUUUUGUUUCUGUACUUUUUGGCAUAACAUAAAUCUGUGAACUUGAAAUUUGAAUUUUGUGUUAGAGAUUUUUUUGUUGUUUGUUUAGUCUUGUCUCAGAUUUUAUUAUGUAAAUCCCAUUAUUCAAAGUUGCCUAAAUCCAUUUGGAAAUCUUUAAAAAAAAAUUGGGGAUUCUUAAAGUUGAAUUUAUUGGCUUUUCUGAUCCAGUUUUGUUUGGACCAAAAACCAGUAUUGUACAAAGUAUUAAGCAUAUAUUUUUAUAUUUACUAAAAUGGACUGUGGUGACUUUGGAUAAUAAGGAAAAGUUUAAUAUUAAAGCCAUGUUUAUUACAGUAUAAUUAACAUGUUAAACCAUGGGAUAAAUGCCAUCAAUAAAAAAUUAUGACAUA